AUGUACACUAACGCUCAAAGUCUACUUAACAAACUACCCGAACUGCGACUACGUCAACGGUCCAAAUCGUGUGACCUCGUCGCUAUAACGAAGACGUGGUUGCGCCCGGAUAUCACAGACACGGAGGUCGAGCUACCAGGCAUGUCCGUCGUUCGGCGCGAUCGAUCCAGUAAAGGGGGCGGGGUGGCUCUGUACUACCGCAGUGACCUCCAAUGUGAGCCCAUAGAAGACGUGUACAGUAACGUGCAGGAUACUCUUUGGUGUCGGCUGCGUUUAACAGGCAACGACGUCUGUCUGGUGGCGGUCGUUUAUCGACCUCCAUCCUCUACACCCGAGAUGGACUUCAAUCUCGCGGCUGCGCUGAGGCUUGUGAUCAGCAGUAGAUACAGCCAUACUCUUAUCGCUGGUGACUUCAAUAUCCACGCUCUGGAUGCCCAAGCAACACCUACGGAACAGCUCAAAGCGGAUCUACAAGACCUUGUCUCCAGUUUUCCGCUUUAUGGCCAUAUCGACAAUCCCACCAGAUUCAGAGCAGCAGAAAGGCCGUCCAUCCUGGACCGGAUAUUUACCAACGAAGAACUCAUGGUCGAGAAAGUAAUCAUCGACGCUGCUUUGGGUUGCAGCGAUCAUGCAGUUUUACUCUUCGAUUAUAUAUGCUACGCAGAAUACCCUGCGGAUACUACACGGGAAAGCCGAGUUAUCAUACGGUACGAUGAGCUGGCUCGACUUGCAGAGACAGCCAACUGGAACUUUCUGACAGACGAAGUACCGACAAUCGCAUGGCCACAUUUCGUCAGCCAAUUUAGCACUCACGUCGAAGAGGCAUCCGAAACUAAGGUUGUCCACUCGAAGAAGACUGUUUCAUUUGUGCGAAGUAGGACACGGAAAUGUAUGGCAGUGAGGAACUCGGCCUGGCGUAUCUAUAAGGAACACCCGAGCACGGAGAGCUGGACGGCCUAUGCAAUUCAACGUAAUCAUUGCACUCAACUCGUUCGUGAGGAUAAACUGACAUACCAGCAGCAUCUGACGGAGCGCAUGGUUUCGAAUCAUAAGCUGCUCUACCAACAUGUAAACAACCUGCGCAAGGUGAAACGGGGAAUCCCUCCUCUUCAAACGCCAGAUGGCAUGACGCUGACUACGGAGGAUGCGGCGAACGCCUUGCGGCUGCAAUAUGCUUCGAACUUUCAAUGCAUUCCUUGGUCAUCUGUUCCUUUGUCAGCAGCUGUUCUACAACCAAAACUUACGCACAUAACUUUCACGGCGGGGAUGGUAUUAAAGAAGUUGUUGUGUAUGCGUAAGCACAGCUCUCCUGGAAUCGACAACAUUCACCCUAAGUCCCUUGCGGUAAUGGGAAAAAGUUUAGCAGAGCCUCUGGCACGAUUCUUCCAACGCUGCUUCGAUCAGAUGUAUGUACCCGAGAUGUGGAAAUGUGGGAUCAUAACCCCAAUUCACAAGGGCGGUAGCCGUUCUGAUCCAGCCAACUACCGUCCUGUAACCCUUCUCCCGGUCCUGUCAAAGAUUAUGGAAGCUAUUGUUGCUGACGUAUUAACAGCCUAUCUAGAAGAGUCUGCCUUCCUUGCACAUGAACAGCAUGGUUUUCGACGGAAUCGAUCGAGCACCACAAAUCUGCUGCUAGCAAGAUCGAGUUGGACCAAAUUAAUUGACAGCGGUGCAGGAGUGGACGUGGUCUACCUAGAUUUCUCAAAGGUCUUCGAUCGACUAGACCAUGGAAUCCUGAUCUGCAAACUUCAGAGUUUCGGCAUUGGUGAUCCGCUCCUAGGAUGGAUCACAAGCUUUCUUCUCCACCGGAGCUUAGAGGUAAAAGUGCGUGGGUCCCUGUCCCACCCAAUCCAAGUCGAAUGUGGUGUACCACAAGGAUCGGUACUGGGGCCACGAUUGUUUUUGAUGUAUAUUGACGACAUAGCGGCCCUCAUUCUUUCCAACUGCCUACUCUAUGCCGACGACAUCAAGGUCUGGAGAGCGAUCAAUACACCAGACGACUCCGCAAUACUUCAAGAGGAUCUGGAUAAGGUGUAUGCGUGGUCAGUUCAGGACCAACUCCCACUCAACACAGAAAAGUGCAGAGUAUUACACUUACGUCACCAAUCAGCAUUUUUCUAUAAACUGGGUGACCAUGUGCUUCACACAACUGCUGAGGAAAAGGAUUUAGGAGUCUUGAUUCAGUCCGACCUUGGUUGUUCAGCCCAGGCAAAGAAAGCAUCGAACGCGAGCAUUCGAAAUUUGGGCCUUCUCCGGAGCACAUUUGGACGCUUCGAUCCAUCCGUUUUUCACCAACUUCUAGGUGCAUACAUACGACCACACGUGGAGUAUGAAAUACAAGUCUGGCGGCCGUGGCUAAGGAAAGACCACUCUGAUUUAGAGAAACCUCAACGACGCGCAACGAAGAACGUGAAAGGUUUAGGCCAGUUAUGCUACGAAGACAGACUGAGAUUGCUCGGGAUAUUUAGUGGUCAAUAUCGACGACUACGGGGAGAUUUGAUUUUGGCUUAUCAGAUUCUGACAGACCCCAAUCAUACCUGCCGCCAUCUGCUGGAGCUCAGUAACAACAACAAUCUGAGAGGCCAUCAUCUGAAGCUGGCAGUGCAGUACAGCCGUUUGGAAUGUCGACGGAAUUUCUUUUCCGUGCGUUUUUGCCAAGCCUGGAAGGCUCUCCCAGGAUCUGUAGUCAGUACAUCCAACCUGAUCGAGUUCAAAAAUCGAGUUGAUAGUGCACUCACUUCAUUGCACUAUCUCCCAUAG